CAAUUUUAUUGCUGUGAAGAAUCUCUGCCUCGAUCUCGGUUAAUGUUAGAUUCAUCUUGCUCAAUCUCUGUUCUCUGAUUCUGCUUUUGCUUCAUGUACCUUAACAAUUUCGCUGAUUCAGAUCGGAUUGAUACAUAAUCUUUCACAUUAACUAUUAAAAUACUUAGUAUCUGAUAGCCGGGUUUGGAUAUUGGGUUCUGAAUUUUGGAAACCUUUUGUAAUUGUAAUUGCAGCUUCAUUUUCAUGUUAUGUCUGUUGCUUGCAUUCUCAGUACGUUUGUUAUGGUUCAACCACCAGCACACCAUUGUUUGCGAGAGAGAUAAUGACUGUAAAACAUAUUUCUUCAUGUUCUUUCUCUUGCUUUAUUUCUCUGUACAUUCUAACUAUUUUUUCUAUUAUAAUAUAGAAAGUUUAAAUCUUGGAUCAACAACCAGCAUAAUUGCUCUGUAUCUAUGACUCAGAGAGAUUUAGUGUGUGUAUUAAUAUGUGCUCUCGCUUGAAUAUCUCAACUUCUGAGAUUUUGUACUUAUGGAUUCAGAUUUUUAGUUGUCCUAAUGUGUUAGAUAGAGCAGCAUUACGUGGCUCAGGGUUUGAGUAUUGUUGGCUACUUUCAUACGAACAAGAGGUUCGACUGGAGCUCUCUGGUGUUCCUAAGAAUAUCGGUGAUCACAUCUCUCAGCUAUUUCCCUCAGGCGCCAAUUCCCUAGAUAAAAGCUUGAAGCCUUAUCAAAGGGUAAAGAUAGAAACCCUGAGAUGCAGGUUUGUGUUUCUAAUCACGACAAAAAUUUUGGACAUCUUACUACAGCAUGGAUACAAGAUUUGGAAGGAAAUGUAUGGGGAAGAUCUAGAUGAUUCGAAUGUGGCAUUGUAUUCGGAAUGGGGAGAUUUGUUCAGAUUUUUCUGGGAACAUAGUGUUUAUUAGGAGAUCUCCUUUCUAGAAAGCAUCGAUACAUGGAAAUUAUCUGGCCUUUCACCAUGGAAAAGAGAUUAAUGUCUCGGUUACGUAGAGAGAAAAAUAUGUUUAGCCCCUUUCCAUCACAUUGUAAUUCAUUUCGAGGCCAUUGGUUUUACUGAUGGUACAAAAGUAAUUAACAAGAACUCUGGAGAUUUUCUUAGCCGAGCUCAAAGUUGUAGAAUUCCUUAGCUAAGGAAGUUGAAAGCUUUAGGUCUUAGAUACUGACAAUGGCGAAGACUUUACAUGUUAAGCUGAAUUUAUGUUUUUAAAAAGAUCAAAUGAUGCAGCUUUGCUGCUAUUCGGUGGGA